AUGGUCGCAGCUCUGAUGGGAACCAUCGGGAGAUAUACGCGCCCGCCCGCCCGCGCUCUAGCCCACCCACACGCGCCCUCGCCCGCCCCACACGCGCCCUCGCCUGCCCACGCCAGCCCACGCCACGCCAGCCCUCGCCCGCCCAUGUCAGCCCUCGCUUAUCGUCGCCCGCCCACAUCCACCCUCACGCGCCCUCGCCCGCACACGCCAGCCCUCUCCCGCCUUCGCCCGCCCACACCCACCCUCACGCCACCUCGUCUGUCCACACCCACCCUCACGCGCCCUUGCCCUCUCUCGCCCACCCACGCUCUUCCACACCCUUCCACAUCCACCCUCACACGCCCUCGCCCGAUCUGCUAA